AUGACACAGCCUUCUAAAAAAGUUGCUCCAGCUCCGUUAGCUUCAAAACAAGCCAAACCUACCAAAUCUACUAAUCCUUUAGUCGAAUCUACGCCUCGUAAUUAUGGUAUCGGCGGGGCUAUUCAACCAAAAAGAAACUUAUCAAGAUUCGUUAAAUGGCCAGAAUAUGUUAGAUUACAAAGACAAAAGAAAAUCUUAUCAUUAAGAUUAAAAGUUCCACCAGCAAUUGCUCAAUUUUCGAAUACUUUAGAUAAAAACACUGCUGCUCAAACUUUUAAAUUAUUCAACAAAUAUAGACCAGAAACUACUCAAGAAAAGAAAGAAAGAUUAACUAAAGAAGCAGCUGCUAUUUCUGAAGGUAAAACUGCUAAAGAUGUUUCAUCAAAACCUUUAGUUGUUAAAUAUGGUUUAAACCAUGUUGUUUCAUUAAUUGAAAAUAAAAAAGCUAAAUUAGUUUUAAUUGCUAAUGAUGUUGAUCCGAUUGAAUUAGUUGUCUUUUUACCAGCUUUAUGUAAAAAAAUGGGUGUUCCGUACGCUGUUGUAAAAGGUAAAGCUAGAUUAGGAACUUUAGUUCAUAAGAAAACUUCAGCUGUUGCCGCUUUAACUGAGGUUUCACAAGCCGACGAAGCUGAAUUAUCAAAAUUGGUUUCAACCAUCAAUACCAAUUACUUGGAAAAAUACGAAGAAAAUAAAAAACAUUGGGGUGGUGGUAUCAUGGGCUCAAAAGCUGAAGAUAAAAUUGCUAAAAAAGAAAAGGCUGCUGCUCAAGCUGCUUCUACCACUGCUUCUACCGCUGCUUCUAAAUAG